AAAAUGUGGCUACUUUUCACAGUGGCAAGUCUGCUGUCUGCGCUUGGAACUGUGCAGGGUUUCUUCGGAAAAUCACUCUCUGAGAGCCCGGAAGUGAAUAUGAACAUUAGUCAAAUGAUUUCCUACUGGGGGUACCCAACUGAAGAAUAUGAUGUUGUGACUGAAGAUGGUUACAUCCUUGGGAUCAACAGAAUUCCUUACGGAAAGAAAAAUUCAGCCUAUAGAGGCCGGAGGCCUGUGGCAUUUUUGCAGCAUGGCUUGCUCACAUCAGCUACAAACUGGAUUUCAAAUCUGCCCAACAACAGCCUGGCCUUCAUUCUAGCAGAUGCUGGUUAUGAUGUGUGGCUGGGGAACAGCAGAGGAAAUACCUGGGCCAGGAGAAAUUUGUACUUUUCACCAGACUCAGUUGAAUUCUGGGCUUUCAGUUUUGAUGAAAUGGCUAAAUAUGAUCUUCCAGCGACUAUUGACUUCAUUUUAAAGAAAACUAAACAGGAAAAGCUACAUUAUGUUGGCCACUCCCAGGGAACCACCAUUGGUUUUAUUGCGUUUUCUACCAAUCCCAAACUGGCCAAAAAAAUAAAAACUUUUUAUGCACUAGCUCCAGUUGCCACAGUGAAGUACACCAAAAGCCUUUUAAAUAAACUUCAACUUAUUCCUACAUUCCUCUUUAAGAUGAUUUUUGGCAACAAAAUAUUCUACCCACACAGCUACUUUAAUGAUUUUCUUGCUACUGAAGUGUGCAACCGUGAGACUGUGAACAGCCUUUGCAGCAAUGCCUUGUUUAUCAUUUGUGGAUUCGACCAUCAGAACUUGAAUAUGAGCCGCUUGGAUGUGUAUCUGUCACAUAAUCCUGCAGGAACUUCUGUUCAAAACAUGCUUCAUUGGACUCAGGCUGUUGAGUCUGGGGAAUUCCAAAGCUUUAACUGGGGAAGCCCAGCUCAGAACAUUCUGCACUACAAUCAGCCCACACCUCCCUUGUACAACUUGACAGACGUGAAGGUGCCAGUUGCUGUGUGGAGCGGUGGACAGGACUGGUUGGCUGACCCUCAAGAUGUUGACAUGCUGCUUCCCCAACUCCCUAAUCUCAUUUACCACAAGAAGAUCCCUCCAUACAACCACUUGGACUUUAUCUGGGCAAUGAAUGCCCCUCAAGAAGUUUACAAUGAAAUUGUUUCCAUGAUGGCAAAAGACAAAUAG